AUGUCUUUUUCAGGUUUAAGUAUCCAAUGCAAAGUUUCAGUAGAUUGGUACGAUGCAAUUGACAAUUUAAAAUUUACAUAUCGUAAUAUGUUGGAAGAAGAAUUAUUUUCGGAUUGCGUGAUUAAGGUCGCAGAUUUGGCCAUAAAAACACACCGCUGCAUUUUAGCAAAGAAUAGCAAAGUAUUCCGCAAAAUGUUCGAGCAUACGGAAAUGAUUGAGGGAGUGACUAGAGAAGUCACAAUUCCGGACUUCAAACCAGAAUCUGUUCAGGCAAUGCUGGAAUUUUUCUAUACGGGCGAAAUAAACAAAAAUUUGAUGGAGAAGCAUGUUGAGGAUAUUUUUGCUAUAGCUCACAAAUAUCAAGUUUUGCCGUUAAAAUAUGAAUGUGAGGUGUUUAUGACUAAUUUGAUUGAUGAUGAAAAGAUUCUGAAAUAUUGCGAUAUGAUUAAUUUAUAUGAUGCGCCUACUCUUGAGAAGGGAUGUAAAAUAUAUAUUCAAAUUAAUAAAGAAAAUUUUUUGAAAAGCAAAGGAUGGGAAGAAGUUGAAAAAACGUUUCCAAAUUUGGCUUAUAGAAUUUUGAAGUCUGUCCUUUGUGAUGAUAUUUGUUUUUGA